AUGAGUAGUCUCUGCCUGCAACGUCUUCAAGAAGAAAGAAAGAAAUGGAGAAAGGACCACCCUUUUGGUUUCUUUGCUAAGCCAACAAGGCACCCAGAUGGUUCAAUGAAUUUACAAAAAUGGGAGGCCGGUAUCCCAGGCAAGGAAGGUACCAUUUGGGCGGAAGGUGUAUAUCCAAUCACUAUAGAAUAUCCAAACGAAUAUCCAUCAAAACCACCCAAAGUCAAAUUACCAGCUAAUUUUUACCAUCCUAAUGUAUACCCUAGUGGAACCAUUUGCUUGAGUAUUUUAAAUGAAGAUCAAGAUUGGAGACCUGCUAUUACUUUGAAGCAAAUUUGUCUAGGGAUUCAAGAUUUAUUGGAUUCUCCAAAUCCAAAUUCUCCCGCUCAGGAACCUGCAUGGAGAAGUUUCUCUAAGAAUAAAGAGGAAUAUGAAAAGAAGGUUUUACUUCAGGCAAAGCAAUAUGCUAAGUAA